CAGGUUACUGCUGUAUCACACUCACAGCCUUCAGAAGUCUGUAAACUACUUCCUGGAUCCACCCGUCCUGCCCCCAGAGGAGCUGGAGGCUCCACCAGAAAAGAUUCAACAAGAGGAAAAGCUUGUUCGAGAGCCCGUGAAGUCCAGUGUGUCGGUGGAGUCCAGUAAAGCCAAGGGCUCCACUAAGCGGACCACCAAGCGCACAGCUCGGGCAACUCAUCCUACAUCAUACACUCAGCCGAUGCCACGGCCAUACACCACGGGCUACAAUGACUCACUCUACCCCCCCCAAGCCCCUACCCUCUGCCAGCUGGGCGUACCCUCCCAGCCAACCCCCGGCCCCCUACAUGCCCCAGCCACCCAUGCAGCAAAGUGAGCUUCUCAACGUUCAGGGCACGCGAUACGACAACCCCAAUUUCCCCCAGAAUUCCAAAGAAGCCAUACAGUCGAUGUUUAGGGCACGCCAGCCUGGCAGUGGGCCCGCCUACAUGCCCCAGACUAACAUCAAUAAUAUUCAACAGAACAAGCUGCUUAUUCGACAGCGCCUGGUUCAGCAGCGAAUGCCCCAGCGCCACCUGGCUGACACGGGAAUGUAUGGCGGGAGCAUGACGGGAACCAGCCCGGGCUCUGGGAUGAUGUCUAUGAAUCAGGGUGCCGGUCCAAUGAACCCGAUAUACAGCAGCAACUAUGGCGGCAUGCAGUCUCAGCCCCCCAUGGAACAGAUGAUGCAACAGAACUUCAGCCAGUCUUUCUCCAGCUCACAGAACACGGCCAUGAUGCAGGCCCUAUCCCAGCAGGCAAACUACAUCUCUCAGGCUCAGCCUGCGCAAGUCCCCUUCUCAAAUACGUCCAGUGGGCGUAUCCCCAUGCAGGCAGGUGGCAUGAACCCACCCAACACCCUCAACAUGGCCACAGGGAACUACAGCCGCAUGGGUCAGACUGUGGGUCAGUCGGUAAUGGGAGGCCCUGCCACAAAUUUUGUGCAGCGCAUACCUGCGGCCCAACAACAACAACUGCAGCAGCAACAGCAGCAGCUUCGGCAGCAGCAGUUGCUCUACCAGAAACAGCAGCUGCUGCAGCAACAGCAGCAGCAACAACAGCAACUGCCGGCCAGUCAGCAAGCAGCUCUGAUGGCACAGUUACGGCAUGGCGGGAAUGCACCUCCGCAGAUGAACUCAAAUUAUAAUCAGAAUCAGUAUCCAAACUACUGAGAGAAGAAUGGAAUUGAGCCGUGCUUUGUGAAUACCAGGCUUAAUGCUUGUGUGUAAAGUAUUGUCCCAGUAUUGUCCUAGAUUAGCUGUUGAAGUCCACAAAUUUGUCCUAUAUGUCUAAAUAUAAGGACUGUUUUAGUAUUUAGAGAUUGUUAUAGAUAAACAAAAUAGACUUAUCGUCAGAACUGCAGACAUGAGGUGUUACAUAGAUUGUAAUGGUGCAAAAUAGUAAAUAUACUGGCCUCUGGUUUUAACAAGUUGUUCCUGCUUUUACUUAGUGUAUGUGGAAUGUACCAGUAUACUGUUUAGGAAAUUGACUUGAUAUUUAAGCCUUAUUCAAAAAGAUACUAUGGAAAGUUUUAAUCUACCGUAAUCUGUACUGAAAUCAAACUGGAUUUUUAACUUGAGGCAUGAAUUUCUUGAUUCAAACACUUACAAUGAAAUACAAGCUUUUAUUUACUCUAUUGCUUGGUGUGGUCCACGUUAUUGUGACAUUGGCUUUACAUGGAACUUAAAUGUAGUCAAAAGCCAUUAUGGGUAGAACCGUCUUUAUUUUAGUUCAACAUCCUUGUUGUUGUGAAUUAAGGUCCUUGUACCUUGAACCAGUCUCACUAUCAUGAAUAUUCCAAUGUGUGACCUUAUUUCAGAAGAUGAGAUUAGAGUGUCCACCCAAGUGAUUAUUGUUAUUGAGAACACCAAAUUGAGCAUGAUUGUCCAAUUCAUCUAAAAUAUUGAGAAAAGUAAUCAAAGAUGAGCCAGAAUAUUGACUGAAGUAUGUUUGUGAAAAUAGGACCAUGCAUGAUAAGUUACACAGCUUCUUACUGACCCUGUACAGUGGGAUACAGGGUAAGCAAAUUAAUACUGUGCAAGAGUGCAGGGCUUUAAUAUGAAUACACAUGGGCCGCUCUCUGUGAAAAAAGUUUUUAAUGCAUGUGGGUAAAGUGUCGUCCCAGAUUAGCCAGUGUGGACUGCACAGGCUAAUCUGGGACAACACUUUACGCACAUGCAUUAAACCCCAUUUUCACAGAGCAUGGCCCAUAUAAAAAUAUUUCUCAGGCAGGGUCAGUUAGAAGCCAUUUAACUAAUUUAUCUUACCAAAUACCCUUUGUUCUUCAUCAUCAAUUUAUUUAAAGGAGAAAAGUUGGUUAUUCUGCAUUUUAUAACAUCGUCUUGUUUACGUGUGAGACGUUAUUUAAUAUAACUUGACUAACAUGGUAAGCUAUGCACUGAAUAUGGAAAUAAUACACAUUCAGCAUAGGCUUGGCUUAUCCAAUAAAAAACGUGUAUGCUGUAUCAGAUAUGCAGGUAUUACAAACCUAUUGAAUCUCAAAAUGAAGUUGGUGCAUACGGUACUGCAGUUCCAUCUGUUUAGUGUGUGCUUAAUGUUUGUAACCUAACAUGAAGGCUCCAAUCUUGCGAAGUCAAAUAUCAUGUAUAUCUUAAAGAAUUAAGGUAAAGGAUCUGUUUCACAGAUUGGCAGAAAGAAUGAAAAUAAUCUUGGGGCUACAUAAUGUAAAUUAUUCCAAGUGUAGUUUUUUUUAAAUAGCAUUUAAUGACACUUAUGAAUGAAACAAAUCUCUGAACACGUCCUUACUCGUUCAAGUAGAAUUCAGAAAAAACUUCCAUUAUUUGCUGCCUUGUUAUGAUUAGGAUGAUGUUCUCACUGGAAAAGUAAAAUCAUUUUUUCAUAAAAGGUUGUUUUACUUUUAUUUGUCUCGACAAAUUAUGUGUUCAUGUACUUUCAUGCCAUUUGCAAAUAACCUAAAUCCUUAAUUUAAGUUCUGUCAUUGGAAUAGAAAGCACCCAUUCAUGUGUUAUGCAUACCAAAAUUACCAUCAAGCAUUGUGAGAUAAUACAUCUCUGUACAUACUGAUGGUAUUCAUAAAUUACUUCUAAUUAGCAUUUUCAUAAUACAUGUUUGCUAUUUAUUUGUAUAACUCUGCCGACAAUGUGUGUAGAAUAUCUUAAUGAUUGUUGAUAUUGUUAUAAAUAUGAUGAAUUGUAUAAUAGUGUACACUAUUCUUGUUGAAAGUUUGUAUAUUCAUGUAAAUACUGUAAAAAGAUCCAUGAGAACAAAAUAAAAUGUAUCAAACCUGAAAA